AUGUCACAGCCGAAAAAGGUUUUGUCAGGGAAGGUAGCCGUCGUUACAGGAUCGACGAGAGGAAUCGGCCUUGGCGUUGCGACGCAGCUGGCGAUGGUGGGAGCUGAUGUUAUCCUUAACGGCAAGCACCCGACCCCCCGGGAUCCGACGAUUCUUGAAAAAGUGGGAGCUUACGGCACGCGUGUUCGCUACUUUGGUGCCGACAUGAGGAGGCGCGCAGACAUUGAGUCUUUGGUGAGGUUCACAGAGAAGGAGCUUGGAUCCAUAGACAUUCUGGUAAAUAACGCCGGUGUUACACAUAUCUCUCCGGUAGAAACCUUUCCUUUGGAGAUGUGGGAUGAAAUUAUUGCGAUGAACCUCACAGCCCCAUUUCAUGCUACACAACUGUGUCUGCCAGGCAUGCGUCAGCGCGGGUGGGGACGUGUUAUUAACAUCGCCUCAGUCCAUGGGUUGGUGAGUUCAGUGCAUAAAUCAGCCUACUGUGCGGCUAAACAUGGUUUAAUUGGAUUUACCAAAACUGUGGCUUUGGAAACUGCUACAACAGGAAUUACCUGCAAUGCGAUAUGUCCCGGAUUUGCCUAUACACCUCUGGUGGAGAAGCAAAUCAGGGCGGCUGCUGAUACAAAAUACGGCGGUGACAUUAAUAUUGCAACUCAGGCGCUUCUUGCCGAAAAACACCCUUCCAAAGCAUUUGUCACGGUCGAGCAGAUUGGAGAUGUCGCGGUGUUUCUUGCGAGUCCAGCGGCGGACCAGAUCCGCGGCACUACGAUCACUGUGGAUGGUGGAUGGGUCGCUCAAUGA